UGGCCCAUAAUCUGUGUUUCUAAAGUCGUCCAUCCUCUUUUAUAUAUUUAAGAUCAUCAUCCAUUUCUGAGUCAUACCUUUCGAUAUCUCCUUCUACUCCUACCUCAUCAAUAAUUAUGUUUCAUGCUACUGGCAAUGAAUCUGGGCCUUCCACCCCUACCUCUACCUCUUCUUCCUCUUCUUCCAUGCAAUGGUCACAACUUUGCCGUCACUUUGAAUUUGGUGAAAUUCUUUCAGCAACAGAAAGUUUCGCAGAAUCAUUAGUAAUAGGGCGUGGAGGUUUCGGGAAAGUAUAUAAGGGUAAUAUUUACAAUGGGUCGACUCUUGUGGUUGCCGCCAUUAAACGAUUGGAUGCAAUGUCGAAUCAGGGGGCAUCCGAGUUCUGGGCUGAAGUUGAAAUGCUUUCCAAGUUGCGUCACUGUCAUCUAGUUUCUCUGAUUGGUUACUGUAAUUAUGAAACAGAAAUGAUCCUUGUGUACGAAUACAUGCCCCAUGGAACACUUGAAGAUCAUCUCCACAAACUUGGUACUCCUCUUACUUGGUGUGAGCGACUCAUGAUUUGCAUAGGUGCAGCUCGUGGAUUGGAUUACCUCCACACUGGUACCGGUAUUGAAUUUGGUAUUAUACACCGAGAUGUAAAAAGCUCCAAUAUAUUGUUAGAUGAAAGUUGGGCAGCUAAAGUUUCAGAUUUCGGGUUGUCUAAAAUAAGCCCAAGGAAUCAGCAAUCGACUCAUGUCAGCACACUUGUCAAAGGCACUUUUGGGUAUUUUGAUCCAAAUUAUUUCGCCACCGGAAAACUGACGACUAAAUCUGAUGUGUAUGCUUUUGGGGUGGUAUUGUUGGAAGUGUUGUGCCGGAAGAGGGCAGUGGAUGACAGUCUUGACUGGGGAAUAGCAACAUGGGCUCAAGACUCGAUCAAAGAAGGUCGUUUGAAGGAUAUAAUUGAUUCUGCUAUAAGGGGUGAAAUAUCCCCAAAAUGUUUAAAGCAGUUUGUUCGAAUAGCGGAAAGAUGUUUGGAUAACCAUCCAAAGCUUCGUCCUACUAUGGCUGAGGUUGUGCUUAGUCUUGAGUAUGUACUGAAGUUGCAAGAGAAGACUAAUAAUGUGUCUCAUAGUGCAAGCAAAACAAUAUUUGGUAGGAUGUUUAAUAAGUUUUCCUUCACUGACAAUGGCCAGAACUCAGGUAUGGAUUUUGACUCUCUAAUGCCGAAGAAGCCCCAUAUAGGUAUCGAUUUUGGACCCCUCAUGUCCAAAAAGAGAAAGCAACUUAUGCUUAGACAAAAAUUCUUCCAACAAAAUGGUGCACUGUUAUUAGAAGAUAAACUAAAAAAUGGUGUUGGUUCCAUAAAUAUUUUUCGAGCUGAAGAGAUAGAAAAAGCAACUACGGAUUUCGCAGACUAUAUGAUUAUUGGAAGAGGUGGUUAUGGUACUGUGUACAAAGGAGUACUACCAGAUAACCGUGUGGUAGCGAUCAAGAGGUCCAGAGUAUCUGACGAAACACAGAUGGAGCAGUUCAUUAAUGAAAUUCUAAUUCUUGGACGAAUUAAUCACAGGAAUGUGGUACAGCUUGUGGGAUGUUGUUUGGAAACUGAGAUCCCGUUGCUAGCUUUUGAAUUUGUUGCUAACGGCUCUCUUCAUGAUCACAUUCAUAAUAAUAAUAGCAGCACAAGAAGAUUGUCAUGGGAUAGCCGUUUAAGGAUAGCACAUGAAUCAGCUGGUGCACUUGCUUAUCUUCACUCAGAUGCAACAAUGACCAUCAUACAUAGAGAUGUGAAGUCAGCGAACAUUUUGUUGGAUGAAAAUUACACCGCAAAAGUUGCGGAUUUUGGUGGCUCAAAGUCACUCCAAAUAUUGGAGGUUGAUGAUCCUGUCACUACACUAGUUCAAGGGACGCUAGGUUACUUGGAUCCCGAAUAUUUUCAUACAUCUCAACUAACAGAUAAGAGUGAUGUGUAUAGCUUUGGUGUGGUUCUUGCAGAACUCAUAACAGGAUCUAAGCCCAUUAGCAUGGAAAGACAUCAAGAAGAAAGAAAUCUUGCAGCAUAUUUCUUGAUUGCAGAGAGGGAAGAUCGGUUGAUUGAGAUUAUCGAUCCUCAUGUUUUUGAGGAGGCGGCAACUGAUGAGCAGCUAGAAGCAGCAUGUUCCCUGGCAUGUAGAUGCCUUCACAUGGAAGGUAAGAAGAGACCUAGCAUGAAAGAAGUGACCAUGGAGCUUGAAAGAAUAAGGAAGAUUAGAAAUCCUUGGGAUAGCGAAGUCUAUCACGAAAACGUUAGUGAUUGAACGGGAACAACUUGAUCUUAAUUAUUGUAUUUUUGGCACUAGCUAAUAGCAGACAUCUUUACAAUGUAGCUUUUAUAAUUACUUAAUGUCUAUUAUGGUGUAUAAUUUGAUGUU